UAUGUCUCUGUCCAUCCAGGCUCCUGACGUUCAAGUUCGCAGGGACGUCACGUCCGCACUUGAACUUGCAGCUCAGGGGGGCUUUUGCCAUUUUUUUCAUCUCUCUCUCUCUCUCCUUCUCUCUCUCCCUCUCUCUCCCUCUCCCUCUCUCUCUCUUUUUUUUUCCUUGCACAAAAAAAAAAAAAGCCAUGACUGCUAUCCCACAAUUCAUCUUCCCUGCGCCAUCUUUGUAUUAUUUCUAAUUUAUUUUGGAUGUCAAAAGACAUUGAUGAAGAUAUUUUCUCUGGAGUCUCCUUCCUCUCUAACCCGUCUCUCCCGAUGUGAACCGAGCGACUCACAAGCCACCGAAGCCACCAACCCACCAUGUCGCGCCGCAAGCAAGGCAAACCCCAGCACUUAAGCAAACGGGAAUUUUCACCCGAACCUCUUGAAGCCAUUCUCACUGAUGAUGAACCUGAACAUGGCACAUUGGGAGCUCCGGAAGGGGACCACGACCUCCUCACUUGUGGCCAGUGUCAGAUGAACUUCCCGUUGGGGGACAUUCUUAUUUUUAUUGAGCACAAACGGAAACAAUGCAAUGGCAGUCUCUGCUUAGAGAAGGCUGUGGAUAAGCCACCUUCACCCUCACCAAGUGAGCUGAAAAAAGCAUCCAAUCCUGUGGAGGUUGGCAUCCAGGUUACGCCAGAGGAUGACGAUUGUUUAUCAACGUCAUCUAGAGGAAUUUGCCCUAAACAGGAACAUAUAGCAGGUAAAGAUGAGCCCAGCAGCUACACAUGUACGACUUGUAAACAGCCUUUCAACAGCGCCUGGUUCCUCUUGCAGCAUGCACAGAACACACACGGCUUACGGAUCUACCUAGAAAGCGAGCACGGCAGCCCCCUGACACCACGGGUUGGUAUCCCAACAGGACUAGGUGCAGAGUGCCCUUCCCAGCCACCUCUCCACGGGAUUCACAUUGCAGACAAUAACCCUUUUAACCUGCUCAGAAUACCCAGCUCAGUCUCGAGGGAGGCAUCGGGGCUGGGAGAAGGGCGUUUCCCACCCACACCGCCCCUCUUUAGCCCUCCCCCGAGGCACCAUUUGGAUCCGCAUCGCAUUGAGCGCCUGGGUGCGGAAGAAAUGGCUCUGGCCACCCAUCACCCUAGUGCCUUUGACAGGGUGCUGCGACUGAACCCCAUGGCGAUGGAGCCCCCCGCUAUGGAUUUCUCCCGGAGGCUCCGGGAGCUGGCCGGCAACACCUCCAGCCCGCCUUUGUCCCCGAGCCGGCCCAGCCCUAUGCAAAGGUUGCUGCAGCCCUUCCAGCCCAGCAGCAAGCCCCCGUUCCUGGCCACGCCACCCCUUCCUCCUCUGCAGUCAGCUCCUCCUCCCUCCCAGCCACCCAUGAAGUCCAAGUCCUGCGAGUUCUGUGGGAAGACUUUCAAGUUUCAGAGCAACCUGGUAGUCCACCGCCGGAGCCACACUGGGGAGAAGCCCUACAAGUGCAACCUCUGCGACCAUGCCUGCACGCAGGCCAGCAAGCUGAAGCGCCACAUGAAGACCCACAUGCACAAGUCCUCCCCCAUGACGGUGAAGUCGGAUGACGGGCUCUCCACCGCCAGCUCCCCUGAGCCAGGCACCAGCGAUCUGGUGGGCAGCGCAAGCAGUGCCCUCAAGUCUGUGGUGGCCAAGUUCAAGAGCGAGAAUGACCCCAACAUGAUCCCUGAGAAUGGGGAUGAGGAAGAGGAGGAAGAGGAGGAGGAGGAGGAGGAGGAGGAGGAGGAAGAGGAGGAGGACUUGAAUGAGAGUGACAGGCCGGACUACGGCUUUGGGAUGAGCCUGGAGGCGGCCCGCCACCAUGAGAAUAACUCGCGGGCUGGCGAGGAGGGCCGGUCGAUGCCAGAUGUCAUGCAGGGCAUGGUCCUGAGCUCCAUGCAGCACUUCAGUGAGGCCUUCCACCAGGUCCUGGGGGAGAAACACAAGCGGGGCCACCUCCCCGAGCCCGAGGUGCACAGGGACACUUGCGAUGAAGACUCGGUGGCUGGCGAGUCUGACCGCAUUGAUGAGGGGGCAGUCAACGGCCGGGGCUGCUCCCCGGGGGAGUCUGCCUCGGGAGGCCUGUCCAAAAAGCUGCUGCUGGGUAGCCCCAGCUCCCUGAGCCCCUUCUCCAAACGCAUCAAGCUGGAGAAGGAGUUCGACCUGCCAGCUGCCGCCAUGCCCAACACCGAGAACGUUUACUCCCAGUGGCUGGCGGGCUAUGCCGCCUCCCGGCAGCUGAAGGACCCCUUCCUCAGCUUUGGCGACUCCCGACAAUCGCCCUUCGCCUCCUCCUCUGAGCACUCCUCGGAGAACGGCAGCCUGCGCUUCUCCACGCCGCCGGGCGAGCUGGAUGGAGGGAUCUCAGGCCGCAGCGGCACGGGAAGCGGAGGGAGCACCCCCCAUAUUAGUGGCCCGGGCCCUGGCAGGCCCAGCUCAAAAGAGGGCAGACGCAGCGACACUUGUGAGUACUGUGGGAAGGUCUUCAAGAACUGUAGUAAUCUCACCGUCCACAGACGGAGCCACACGGGCGAGAGGCCGUAUAAGUGUGAGCUUUGCAACUACGCCUGCGCCCAGAGUAGCAAGCUCACCCGGCACAUGAAAACACACGGGCAGGUUCGGCGUACCCCCCCAGCUGGCGCAGCGCCCAGGGAACCCCGGACGUCUGGCAGUUUUCGGAUGGAAGUUCAAGAGCACUUAAAUUCUGAAAGAAGGUGAAGCUGGGGCGAGUGGCCGGCGGCAUCUUGGCGUCUGGAGGUGGCCUCUGUCCUGCUGGCUCGCCGCAUCCCCGGGAGAGCCUGAGAUGUCACCUGCUGAAGGCAGCACUCCCUGGGCUCCUCCUGCCUGCAAGACUAUCGUAUUUAUAUUUUGUAAUAGAGUACAACACUUCUUUGGGUUUUUUUUUUUGUUUAUUUCUUUUUUAUUUUCUAAAAACAAAAAAAAGAGCAAACCCACCCACCAAGGUCAAGGGUUUAUUGAUGGCUUCGACCGGCUCCUUUCCCUGUGAAAAAAGACUGUCUUGCUCUCAUGGACAACCUGGCCUGUUGGUUAUCUCCAUGACGUGCCAUUUCUCUGAAGGUGCAUCUGAUGUGACAAAUUAAAAACAAAACAAAACACAGUGUAGGUCUGUGGGCGGGUGGGAAAUUGCCAUAAUAAAUGUUGGAGCUUUAGGUUUUGUUUGCUCUGUCUUUAAUUUUUAAUGCUAACAAGGGCCAGACGGCUGGUAUGACUUUGUAUUACUGUAUUGGCUGCAGAAAACCGAGUGCCGAGUUUACAAAGAGAAAGCCAGGGCUGAUGUCCAUGCGAGAGGCUGCAUGGCCCCGGCAGACAGACGUUUCCCGCAGAGCUAGAGCAGGUUUUGGGCUUAUGGCUGUGGCACCCCAAGUUGGGGCGAACCCCCGUUGGCGUUCAGUGAUGCUGAAGUGGGGGGUCUCCCUGCUCUCCUCCAUUGCCCGCCUCCUCUUGAUGAAUGCAGCUGUUCUAUUAACAUUUCUGCUGUUAAACUACGUACUUUUGGAGCUGGUGGGAUCUGUAACAUCCCUUAAUGUCCAUCCAAGGGAAAGUGAGGCCAGCUGGCAUGUUUUGGGAGGUGCUGUCAAUACCAGGGGAUGCAGGGCUCUGUCCUGAGCCGGGGUACCAGGGGGAGGUUGGUGUUCUGGUGUCUCCAGCCCUUGCACAGCUUUCCUGAUUGCCAGUGACACUUGUCCCUUGCUUAGAGCUGAGCACCCACCCAAGGAGUUUGCUAGUUUGGGGCCCAAGAGCUUUGCUGAACAGAAGAUGGGUUACAUGCGUGCUUGUGUGCUGUCUCCGAUUGGAUUUAUAGGCUGUAGCUACUCAUGCCUGUGCUGGCGAGCAGGAAUGGACCUUAUUUGGUGAAAGAAACCAGCUGGGUGGUGAGCAGAGUCACUGGCCGGCCACAUCAGGCUGCCAGGACAGCCGCUGGUGGUCACAGUGGGACGGCGCCAAGCCAUGGGGCAGGGCCAGAUGAUUUAUUUGCUUCAUGUAUUAGCUUCAUUCUCACUUCUGGUUUUAUUAAUUUCCUUUCUUAAAAUCUGAGCGAGACACUCAGCCACGGUGACUCUUCCCUGGCGAAACAGCCACAGGGGAACCAACGUUGCCUUUUCAGUGGGUGGUGGUUGCUCUUUUCUUUUUCAAAAACGCAGGCUGUAGUUCCCAUGUCGGCCAGGGCAUAGCACAAGCACAGACACUUUUGUACCUUAGAGCUCAGCAAGGGGCUGGGGCAGGCAGCAUAAGCACGUCCACACAAGGGGGAGGUCAAGCCAGGAGCUCAGGGGGACUGGUGCAUAGGCAUGGGUUGACCCAAAGGGAGCCAUGCCUGCUUUUUUAAAGGAAAUUUGGUCUUUGAAGUCCAAAUAUCCAAGUAUGCACACACCCUAAGUUUUUUUGUAUCAUCAGGAGAUGUUUUUAAACGGUUCUUCCUAUCCCAGCCUGUGCUACUACCUUUGUGUCUGCUUAUAAGGGGUUUUUUGAGCCUUGGAAGGGUGAAUCCUGUUGCAUUAUGCAGUCUAUUGAUUGCAAACACACCUUUGGUAAGGAGUUAGCAGCUCCCACAAGCUGCUGGCUCCCUCACUCCUGCCCUGGGGUAUCUCUGCACCAGGCAGCUGCAUCAGAUCAGGGCUAACACAGUUAUUAAUUGCAAAGGGGGUUGCUCUGCUCUCUCCUCCAAACCAGGAAUCACCUGGUACAUAUCUACAGCAGGCCUGUAAUGCUUAUAAUGAAGGGCAGCUGGGAAGCUGCUUUAUAGGGGUUUUUCAGUGUACCAGCCAGUUCUGGGGUGUCUUUCCUCUUACUUUGUCUGAGCACAGGCAAAGCUCAGUUCAUGGAUGGCUUCUGGAGUAGCUGGUUGUACUUUUGAUGCUCUGCCUGGUGGAACAAGUAUGAUGUGUUCUGCAUUCUCCAGCUGUGGCCCAUCUCUCCUCCAGCAGCCAGUACGAGGCAGGUGUUUCUCCCAGGAAAAGCAGAAAAUAACAAAGCAGUGACAGUUAAAUGUGCUCUGCCAAGCGCAGAGAGGAAAAGUUAUACUUGUCCUUUCAUGAAGUGUGGAAGGUAAAGUGAAAUAGUCCUUAAAAUGUAUGUUUUUUUAAUACAGGUGUUAACCCCCCCCAACUCUUAGGACUUUAAAACAUCUGCAGAAUUUAUGUGUUGCCUUAAAGUUGCCAGUACAUGUAAUGACUGUGCUGAGAGCCUCUUGCAAGUGUUAGGGCUGCACUGGGGGCUCCUCUCCCUGUCUGCAGGGCCUGAUCCUACUCGCAGGCCCUAUGUAGCUCUUGCAGAGUAGCUGCACCAGCACAACUUUUUGGUGGAGCUAUGAGGGGAUUCCACUGCCUUGUGCAACCUGGGCUCCUGUGAGCUUUGAUUAGGGAUACUGUUAGGAUCUUCUUUUUGUCUGGCCAGGACUUGGCUGCUGCAAAGCUCUUUGCUGUAUCUGGGUGUGUGGAGGAUCGCCAGUGAUCGCAUUACAGUGGCUUAACAAGUUUCUGCCAAUUAACAGGAGUGGAGGGCUUCCUGCAAGGGGAGAGCUGGAAACCUGUUAGCCUCAAAGCUGGAGGUUGCUCUGUUUUCAGUGUGAGAGGGGCAAUAUUCCUGGGGAUUUUGUAUUUAAGCAUAUUCCCAAUGUGUCAGUCUGCACAUCAGAGUUUAAAAACUAAGUACAUUUGGUCUUUAUAAGAAAAAAAAAAGCCAAACAAAAAAAAACACCAAAGCUCCUGAAGGUUUGGAGUUUUUAAUAAACAAAAGAAAAGCUCCUUCUUUCCCAGUCCAUGGGGCUGAGAUGAGCAAGAUACCUGGGAAUUAACUAGCUCAGCUUUGAUUUUUUUGGGUUUAAAAAGCUGCUUUAAACUUGAAGGCAAUUUGACCGUGCUGUAUUUUAUUUCUAAGCACACUUUCAAGACACUAAAAUGCAGCAAAGGUCGAGUCUUUUGUGAAGUCUAACUUAAAUUUUGCUUUCAAAAUAGUAUAUAUUUUGGAUUCGCGGUGCAUUUGGGCCGUGGGCUUUUACAAGAUGAGAAAGCUCUCUCCAGAAGGGAUCUGAAAACUGAUCAUAAAAACCUGUGAAUGAGAUUUCAAGCAGCACUCCCAAACCCUCCAUGUUUCAUUUCAACCCCAGCUUCAUGUCUGGUCCCACUAAGUGACCUAUGGGACCAGCGGGAGCAUCGUGGUGUUGGUGGGAGGCAACGUGACUGCAGACUCUGGGGGAAGUCAGAGGGAAGCACCAUCCUUCUUGGGCUGUUGGAGGUUGUUUUACCAACUGUGCUGUUUACCCCAUGCUUUUGUUUUGCAUCUCAGUUCUUCCAUCGCUGUGUGUGUUUGAGUUGUCUGGAUGCCGGUGAAACCUGGGGUGAGCCUUUACCUGUGUAUUUUUGGUGGUGAGGUGCAGGACCUGCUGGACGUAGCUGCCUUUCCAGGGCUCCCUGCUCUGGUGUGAUAUUUCAUGUGAUCCCACUAUAAAUUAUUAUCGAAGACCAAGCUGAACAACUCCCUGAAUAACAGUGGUGCCUCAUUUGCUUCUCUUUUCAUUCUCUGCUUCCCCCCCAGUUUUUCCCAUUUCAGGCGUGAUUAGGCAUCAUCAUUGAAUUGUAUGUUGUAUCUGCUUCAAGUUGAUUAAAUCUUGUUGCACCUCCAUCCCAACAUCCCCUGAACCUCCUUUCCCCACAGAAGUCCCCCUCUUAACAUUAAUCUACAGGGGUCCAAAUAAUCAAUUAUUCCCAAGGAAAGAUGGAGUUGAAGGGGGGGAACACAACAAAACCCCCCCACCCCAAAUAUGGCCCUUAUUCCUUAAUCUCACUGGAUAGAGUUACACAUCUGGUAGAGGCUUGUUCGUUGUUGCUAUUACUUUUAUUGCGUCUUUAGCGGUGAUGAAGUUCAGAUGGCAGAACCAGUGGGCCCCAAUUUAAUUUCGUCUGGCCUCCCGUAAUGAGCACGAUGUGAUCCCCGGGAAGCACUGGCUUGGCCGCAGCUCCAGCAGGCAGGCGCUUGCGUGCCGUGGUGAUGGGCAGAGGUGGUGCGGACAGACAGCUGGACAGGCAAAACCCCAUGGCAA